UAUUCGUUGUCUCUGAUUUCCAGUUGAUCUGCAGUAUAUAUCAUAAGCUGCAGCUAAAAUGGAGAGGACCCAUCAAUUCCUCUUAUUUUACGUUGUGGUGAUCUCCAGUUCUAUGUCUGUUACACAUUCGUUGAAUUCCUCCACUACCAUUUUCUCUUGUCUUCCUCACCAAACCUCUGUUUUACUCCAAUUAAAACAAGAGUUCACUCUAAAGAAUGAUUCAGUUAAUGGUAGUUAUCCGAAGAUGAGAUAUUGGAAGGCUGGUAGCGAUUGCUGUUUGUGGGACGGGGUCACUUGUGAUAUGGCAACAGGUCAUGUAGUGAGCUUAGACCUCAGCAGCAGCUGGCUUAAUGGGCCAUUGCGUACUAACAGCAGCCUUUUCAGGUUGCUUCAUCUAGAAAAGCUCAACCUUGCAUUCAAUAACUUCACCUUCAGCCCCAUCCCAUCUGAGUUGGGCCAGUUUUCCAGGUUAACCCAUCUCAAUCUCUCUUGCUCUGAAUUUUAUGGGUAUAUUCCAUCUGAAAUGGCAAAGCUGACAAAUAUUAUGUCAUUUGAUCUUUCUGAUUGGUAUGGUAAUAAUUUGUAUGUGAGAGAAGGGGAGCUCGAAAGGCUAAUCCAGAACAUGACCAAUUUAAGACUCCUUUACAUGGAUGAAGUGAAUCUUUCUUCUUCACCUAUGCCUCAAUCCAUGGCAAACCUCUCUUCCUUGACACAUCUCUCUGUUAAAGAUUGCCAUUUGAAUGGUAAAUUUCCACAGAAUAUCUUCCAGUUGCCUAACAUGCAAUCCAUUGAUCUGUCAGUGAACUACGAUCUUACAGGUUCUCUUCCGGAGUUUAAUUCUACCAGUAAUCUAAAGUCGUUGGAAAUUGACUUAACCAAAUUCUCAGGGGAAUUGCCCGAUUCAAUUGGCAAACUCAAGUCCUUGAAUGUUUUACUCCUCACAGAUUCUUUAUUUACGGGGACAGUUCCUUCUUCCCUUUGGAACCUUUCUGAACUCGUAGAGCUCGACCUUUCAUUCAAUUAUUUCAAAGGUCGGUUGCCAUCUACUCCGGGGAUCCUUCCAAACCUCACUUCGCUUUAUCUCUCUGGUAAUGAAUUUGGUGGUGAAUUAACUUCUUCCAUUAAAAACCUCCCACGGCUGCAAUAUUUAAAACUUGAAAGGAAUAAUUUCGGUGGUCAAAUUUCAACUUCAUUUGAAAAUCUGACCCAGCUAACCUAUUUGGAUCUUUCACAUAACUUUUUCCAUGGCAACUUCCCAAAUCCAGUGGCAUUCCCACAUCUUAUUGAAGAGAUUGAUCUUGGAUACAAUACUUUGACAGGUUCAAUCCCAUCGUACAAUUUUAACUUGCCCUUCUUGGUUAGCCUUGAUCUGUCAAACAAUUUGUUUACCGGAGUCAUUCCUUGGUCUUUAUUUUCAAUUCCUUCUUUGGAAUACCUAAAUCUAGAUGACAAUCAGAUCAUAGACUUGGCCAUCUCUAAUUCAUCCAAAUUACACACUCUGUCUCUGUCCAACAAUUUAUUUACUGGAGUCAUUCCUCCUCCUUUAUUUGCAAUUCCUUCUUUGGUAUCUCUAUAUCUAGAUGACAAUCAGUUCACAGACUUGGACAUCUGUAAUUCAUCCCAGUUAGAAAGUCUGUCUUUAAGUGGAAACAGAUUAAGUAGACGUAUUCCAAGAUCCAUAUCCAAAUUGAAAAAGCUGAGAGAACUCAGCCUUGCUUCCAAUAAUUUAAGUGGCAGAGUUGAUUUUGGCAUUUUCUCAGAGCUGAGUGACCUUAAGUCUCUUGAUCUUUCAUAUAACAGCCACCUUUCCAUAGCAAAUACAAGCAAAGAUUCCAAUCUUCCACAAUUUCAUGAUUUAUUCUUAUCCUCAUGCAACAUAAGUGAGUUUCCAAAUUUCUUGAAAACACAGGAUGAGUUAGAGUACUUAGAUCUUUCCAGCAAUAGGAUCGGGGGUCCUAUACCUAAAUGGUUUUUGAGCGUAGGCAUAAAGACCUUGCAACGUCUCAAUCUUUCUUACAACUUCAUUAGUGGCUGGGAAGAAAUCCAGUCAUUAAUUCUUCCAUGGAAGGUAUUAGAGAUUCUUGAUCUACGUUCCAAUUCUUUGCAAGGACCACUUGUCGUUCCGCCAAUAUCCACCCAGUACUUCUUAAUCUCAAACAAUAGCUUGGUUGGAAGAAUUGAUCCGUUGUUCUGUAAAUUAAGGAAUCUGAGGACACUUGAUGCAUCAAAUAAUCGUUUGGAUGGCACCAUUCCUCUAUGUUUUCACAACAUCGGAUAUUCAGAAGAAGCUCCAUCUGUUCUUCUAUGGGAGGGAUUGCAGUAUCUUGAUCUGCGUUCCAACAUGUUGCAAGGACCACUUGUUGUUCCACCAAUGUCCAUAACAUCCAUUUUCAUCUCAAAUAACAGCUUCGGUGGAGGAAUUGAUCCAAUGUUCUGUAAAUUAAGGAAUCUUGAAAUACUUGAUGCAUCAAAUAACCUCUUGAAUGGCACCAUUCCUCAAUGUUUGGGUAGCUUCAACAGUUCUCUUAAAGUACUCAAUCUUCAGGGAAACAACUUCUAUGGCAAUAUGCCUCAUACAUGUGGAGAUGGAAGCCAAUUGUUGACAUUGGAUGUGAGCCACAACCAUUUACAAGGGAAGAUUCCACAGACUCUAAUCAAGUGCCAGGAGCUACAAGUUUUAAAUCUGGGCCACAACAAUAUGAGUGACACCUUUCCUUUCUGGCUACCGAAUUUGCCAAAGCUCCAGGUUCUCAUAUUACGUUCUAAUAGAUUUUACGGUCCAAUAAGGGGUCCUCACAACUUUAUGGGCUUUGUGAAUUUACGUAUCAUUGAUUUAUCUUUCAAUGAUUUUACAGGGAGUUUACCAUCACACUAUUUCAAAAAUUGGACUUCUAUGAUGGAAUCUUCUAAGAAAAAUGAGUCAGAGUUGAAAUAUAUAGGUGAGGGUUAUUACCAAGACUCUGUGACUUUGAUGAACAAGGGACAAGAAAUGGAAUUGAUCAAGAUACUAACAAUCUUUGUAGCCAUUGAUCUCUCCAACAAUGCACUUCAUGGAGAAAUUCCAACUACAAUAGGAGAUCUUCAAUCUCUAAUUGUACUUAACUUGUCCAGUAAUUGUUUCACAGGGGCCAUUCCUUCAUCUCUAGGGAAUCUCACAGAGCUUGAAUCCUUAGAUCUCUCAAACAAUAAGCUUUCUGGUGCAAUCCCUCAACAGUUAAUCAGUCUCACAUUUCUUGGAUACUUGAACUUAUCCGUAAACCAUCUCACUGGUCCAAUACCACAAGGUGGACAAAUCUGGGUAUUUCCAAGUUCUUCUUUUGAGGUAAAUUGGGGACUAUGUGGUCUUCCACUCUCACAAAAAUGUGGAACUAUCUUACCAACUUCACACUUUGAUAAGAUAUCAUCAGACUCACUAUUAUCCAGCUUUACUUGGAAAGCUGUAGCGAUAGGAUAUGGAUGUGGACUGAUAAUUGGAUUGGUCGGAGGAUAUAUCAUCAUCUUAUGGAGGCCCAAUUUGAUGUUCAUAAUCUAUGGUGUGCUGCCACAAAGGAGACAAAGAUGAACUGGAGCAAACGGUUAAGUGAUUUGAAUGCAUGUAGCUAAAGUAUGUAAAAAGUUAUAUGCAAGCUUAUCUGUAUAAUCUUUUGUUCAACAUCUCCCACAACAAAGUUGUUUGUCAGUCAACCAGGAACAGAGGUACUCUACUAUGAUUAUUCGUGCAAUGGAGUUACAUUUUGUAAUCUCCACGGUCAACCAAUUGAAAGAUAUAUAUACCUGUAGUUGUCUUCUUCAA